AUGCCUCGCACGAACAAAGACAAGCCGAUUGACUUUGUGGGCAGUGUAGCUCACGAGUUCUUCGCCAACGAGGAAGAGCGCGCUGCGAUGGAGGCCGCAGAGCGCCGCAAGAAGCAGAAGGCGAAAGAGGCCGCCAAGAGUGCGAAGAAGGGAGAAUCUAGCCACACUAAGGAACUAAGCAAGAGUGGAAGUAGUGCUUCGGGAAGCAGGUACUGUGGAAGUAAGAGCAGUGGCAGUGUGUCGGGGAGCAAGUACAGCGGAAGUAAGAGUGGUAGCAGUGUCUCGGGAAGCAAGUACAGCGGAAGUAAGAGUGGCGGUAGUGCUUCAGGAAGCAAGCACAGCGGCAGCAAGAGUGGCUCGGCUAAGUGA